AUGUCUGUUCAAUUCGUUGACGGCUGGACCAUUGCACAGGUGCUUGGUGAAGGAGCGUUUGGAGAAGUCAAGUUACUAAUUAAUGAUGAAACUAGAGAUGUUUUGGCUGUUAAAGUUAUUAACACUGAAUUGCAUGAAGAAGCAAAAUUAGCUGUGAGAAAAGAACUAGCUAUCCAUAGAGCUUUAAAUCAUCCUAAUAUAAUUAGGUAUUUUGGUCAUCGCAGUGAAGGUACAAUCGAAUAUUUAUUUCUAGAAUAUGCAUCAGGCGGUGAACUAUUUAACAAAAUAGAGCCUGACAUUGGUAUGAAAUUAUGGGAAGCUCAAAAAUAUUUUGUACAAUUAAUAUCAGGCGUUGAAUACCUUCAUUCGAGAGGGGUUUCUCAUCGUGACAUCAAACCUGAAAAUAUAUUAUUAGAUGAUAAUGAUAAUGUUAAAAUAUCAGAUUUUGGAAUGGCAACCUUAUUUAGAAAAAACGGAAUCGAGAGACUUCUUGAUAAGAAAUGUGGAACUAUGCCUUAUGUAGCCCCUGAAGUUCUUUUGAGACCUUAUAAAGCUGCGCCAGCUGAUGUUUGGUCUUGCGGUAUAGUUCUUGUUGCUAUGCUAGCGGGAGAAUUACCCUGGGAUGUUCCUGCAUCCACUUGUAAAGAAUUUUCAUUAUGGAAAAAUAACAUCAUAACUCAUUCUCCGUGGAAUAAACUUAAUAAUAGCGUUUUAAAUUUGUUAAAAAAAAUUUUGAUUCCAUUACCGGAUAAACGUCUGACAGCAAGUCAAAUAUUGAAACAUCGUUGGUGUUCUAAAAUCUACCCUAACGAACCAGUUCAAGUAAACAUCACUCCUGCAUCAAAAAGACUCUAUUCUGGUUCGGAACUAGCACCAUCAAUGAGUGCAUCCGAAGAAGAAUUCUCACGUUAUUGUUUUUCUCAACCUGCUCCACAGUUUUGCGACAGCGAAGGCAACAAAGGAAAAUUCGAAAAAGAUGAUGAUGAUUUGUACAGUAAUAAAAUUGUUUGUUUCUCUCAACCUGUUCACAUUGAUGAUUUACUUUUAAGUUCACAACUUCAUUCAACGCAAACGGCUGCUCUUGAUGGUUACCAAAAUUUAAUACGACGAAUGACCAGAUUUUUUGUGACUGUGGAUGCUGAAACUGCUAUAAAAAAAGUUGUUGAUGUGUUGGAAUCUUCGGCUUGCUCCUGGAAACGCGGACCUCCUUUUAUAUUAACAUUUACCACAAUUGAUCGUAGAAAAAAUAAUUUAAUAUUUAAAACUAGUGUUGUGGAAAUGAAUGGAAAAGUUCUAUUAGAUUUUCGUCUGUCUCGAGGUUGCGGAUUAGAGUUUAAAAAAUUGUUUUUGUUGGUCAAGGAAAAGUUGGAAGAUAUUUUAUUAAAAGGUGGGGUCAAGUUGAAAAUCUAA